CUUUGGAGCUGCGUCACUGGGCGCCUUUACACACGGUGCCGUCGUCGUAAGAAAUAUCGACUCUUGAAGUUGUCGUGAAAAAUUUUUGCUUCGAAGAGGAUCGAGGACUGCGUCGCGUGAUGUUUAUGCGAACACUGCACAGGUCCCUGUCGCCGGCAAGGAAGACAUUGGCUAUCGUCCCCGUAUCCUCUGCGAGCUACCACGAGAAGGUUAUUGACCACUACGAAAAUCCUCGCAACGUUGGAUCGCUCAAUAAGGACGACAAGAAUGUUGGCACUGGUCUUGUCGGCGCCCCAGCCUGCGGCGAUGUCAUGAAAUUGCAGAUCAAGGUGGAUGAAAGUGGCAAGAUUAUCGAUGCCAAGUUCAAGACGUUUGGUUGUGGUUCGGCCAUUGCAUCCAGCUCCCUUGCAACUGAAUGGAUAAAGGGAAAAAAUGUGAAUGAUGCUAUGAAAAUUAAGAACACAGACAUUGCUAAAGAGCUGAGCCUACCUCCAGUCAAGCUUCACUGCUCAAUGCUUGCUGAAGAUGCUAUCAAGGCAGCUCUCAGUGACUACAAGCGAAAGCGGGGUGAGCAGGAAGUACCGAAGGCAGGCGCAGGCACCUCUGCAAGCAGUAAUGGCUGAGGCCCAGGUCUCAGCUUCUAUGGUGAUGAUCACAUCCCUGUUGUCGAUCACCUCACGUGUGUGAUGGACGAAUGGCAGCUGUCACAGCUUCUGGAGUGCUGGGGAACUGCCAGACCAUUUCCCCCAGCCAUCUGGGGUAAGGACAGCAUGUUUAUGGAAAGGGGCUGCUGCUGAUAGCUUUUAUGGCUUGCUGAGAUGUUGCAGAUGGUUCCUUUGCUAGGUUGUGCUACAGGCAACCUAAUUCAAGGGCAGUAUCUGACCAUCGCUGUUAAAGACAUAUUGAAGACUGCCAAGCAGGGCACAAAAGUAAAGGAAAAACUCUACAAGAUGUUUCUACAUCAUGAAUUUGACUCUGUUGCUUUUCCAGAGUUUAGCAAGUGACCACUUUAGCUUCAGAACAUGCAUUUUUCUAGAGAGAGUGCGUGCCAUUGAACACUUGAUAUUGUUGCACAUGUCAUUAUUCUUAUUGUAAGCAAGGCAUGCACAUUAAACAGAAAAGGCCAAGUUGACUCUUCUUUGCUUUGGCAAGUGCCUGUUUUGUUUCUGGAACGUGAAGCAGGAGUGAAAAUAAAUGAAAGCACUAAUUUACACCACAACUUUUUUUUUUUUUGCUUUUCUGAAUGCCUGUUUUGCUUCUACAGCAUGAAGCAGGAGACAUUGAAUAAAACCACUCAUUUUACAAAAUGA